GAUACUAUACAACUAUUUUAUAUAUUAUGCGUUUACAAGAAGUGAAUCUACAGUAUUUGGACUCGUUGAAUGACCAUGAAGAUGUGACAAGAAACUCUCGGGUAUAUACACAUAUUAAAAAUCAACAAAGCUUUAUAUCACAAGCUGAAUCUGUUACACCAAUUCCAAAGCAUGAUAAUACCAAGUAUUCGACAAAAUGUAGAGGAAUAGUACACGCCUCUAAAUUGCCUCCUUCUCCCAACAGACCAAGUCAUAUCUCUUCACCUUCGUUACUAACACUCGAUAGACAAAGUCAAUCUCCUGAAUCCUUUAUUAACAAACAAAAUCGGCAUUGUCAUCAGCAUCAUGAUCAACAGCAAGAACAACAAUCAUACCAAAACAAGUUUGCUGGGAAGAAACGACAAAGAUAUCAGGAACCGCGUGAAACGAAAAAGCUUAUAUUCAAAAAAUCGGAAAUACGUCUUUUAGAGAAAUUCACAUCACCAAACAUAGGAAUAGAUCAUAUCACGGUGAGAUCCAAGAUGCAAUCAAGGUCGCGGGUUGGACUUUUCAACAAAGGCAAAUCAUCAGCAAGAGGAUCAAUCAAACUCAACAAACAACAAGGAGUGUCUGAUCUAGUAUUCUCUGAAGCAAGUUUUCUUUGUGAUCCUUUUUCUCAUUCUUCAUUCAAGUCAAAGAACAUCAAUAGAAAAAACGACAAAUACGAUGACACUGACAUCCACAAAAUCAAUGACAAGAAUAUCACCGACGGUCCUUCUAUGGCUAGACCUCUCCAUCACAACGAAGUCGCUAACGUCACAUGCUCAUCAACUUCCUCAGAAGCAUUUACAGAUUAUUUUGAUUCUCUACACUGUCAUCGCUCACCUACUACUCCUCAGCAACAAACAACUUCCUUACUUUCAGAUUGGUUACACAGUUCAGUUGCGUCUCCACCAACGAAUCAUACAUCUCUUCUGCAGAAUAGUACCGCUUUACCAUCCUUACCAAUUGUUCCUAGAAAAUCAUGCUCACCUAUUCAACAAAAAGGUAAUUGUCAUUCUUAUGAAAAAGGUGUUACAUUCCAGCAAUCCAAUAUGGACCAUUUCCUCGACGCAUAUGGAGCAACACAGCAAGUCCCUCAUUACACACGCGGAAUUACACCAUGUCAGGCACCAUUCGGUUGUAAUACCGAUCUUCAUGACGAACAACAAGACAUCAUCAUCGGGAACGAUCAAACUACACCAAUCAGUCAUUGGAAAGAACCAUUCAUCACCGGUAGGCAGCAGCAACAAGGCAACGUACCAGAUAUAAUUGAUGAAGCAGCAUCUUCUUCCAAGUCUAGCUAUUUUACAUCAUGGAAAGGACCUCAACCAUUUCAACCGAACAAUCAACACUUGUAUGAUCAUAAUGAUAUAGGAAGAUCUCCAUCUAUCACCAAUUCAUCCAUUUCAGCAUUGGCAUCCGAGCUACGAUUCCCACGACUACCACCUCCUAAACCGAUAUACAACAUCGCAGCAAUAGAAAACCAACUGAAACAACGACAUGAUGAUCAGGACAAUGACAAUAGUAGCAACUUCAUCCAGACCCCUUCCGAAGAACCUCCCUCCUAUUACCAUCAUCAUUAUUCACAUUUACAUCCUCACGCUUCGCUUUACCUAGGUUCAUCCUCUUCCUUGUCUCCUUUGUAUAGUACUAGUAGCAUUCAUCAUCCAUCCAUUUCUCCUCCACUUCUUCCUCACUUUUGGCACAAACACCCUCAUUAUUGAUCCUUUUUUUUUAUACAUCAAUUUAGCUAGACAAUAAAC